CGUGCUCCCGCGCGCAUCUGUGCAAUGUGAUCAAGUGUGAGGGUAGAGAAGCCUGCCCUGAUCCCUAGGGAUCAUGUCAGUAUGUACUAUACUCCUAUAUCAGAUCUUAUUUCUUUAGUUAUAUUGACACAAUGUAUAGUUGGAGCAGAUCAUUCCUGGUCUCCUAUAGUCCAGGGACGUUCUCUAGUCCCUCCUACUAUACCCCCACCUUCUAUACUCAACCCUGUGAUAGAUAAUGAUAUUUCUGGUUCUCGAGCAUACCGGAGACGAACAUGGUUACCUCUGCGCCGGAGACGUCGGAGACGCUGGUAUUGGGUUCCCAGACUCCAAGCUGUUCAGGGUUACCCAGAGAGCAGGGCGGAGGGAUUUUACUCCGCCUUUGAGUUACGGGGGCACCCGGAGAGUAGGGCGGAGAGACUCUACUCCGCCUCCCAGUCCCAGGGAUUCCCUCAGUUUAUUAAACUCCGAUCUCGCCCCUCCUCCACAAUCAACCAUUUCAAGGGGACACCCAGGGCACUAGAGGAGGAGGAAGGGGGAUUUAUUAAAGGUGUUCGAGGUCUAUUCGGAGCCCCUGAACAUUGUUUAGAGGGGGGUCAACAGUAUGCCUGUACGUUUGCCCCUGUCUGUUGGUUGACAGGGGGUGUAGUAUCGGAAGGUUGUGAAUCGUUUAUGUACUCCUGCUGUAAACCUCCUGAGCUAGGACGGAGAGAGAUUGAUCCCCUGGAGAAGAGAGGGCAGGACUGGUUGCACCAGGAACCAGAGUGUGGGAUAUCCAGGCACAGACAGUUUGCAAAGCGUAUUAUUGGAGGUGAAACAGCUAAGUUUGCCGAGCUGCCCUGGCAGGUUCAUAUUCGGAUAAGCUCAUAUCAAUGUGGGGGUGUACUUUUAAACCAUUGGUACAUAGCUACUGCGGCACAUUGUGUACACAGAGCAAAGUUGAAUAAGAUAACAGUACACUUGGGAGAAUAUGAUACCAAGGAUGGAGAAACUGAACCUCUAGACUCAGAAACAUACAAUGUUGAUCAUAUUACUAUUCAUCCAGAUUUUAGAUACAUGCUGACCCAGCCUGACCGGUAUGAUGUAGCUCUCCUACACCUAGAGAGACCUGUCUUCUACCAGGAGAAUAUUAUUCCAAUCUGUCUACCUCCGCUGGAUAUUCCGCUAGAGGGUAAGGUCGGACUAGUGGCGGGGUGGGGUAAGACGGAUAACUCCUUCGGUAAGACCGGAACUAAUAUCCUGCACAAGGUUCUAGUUCCUAUAGUAAAGAACGAGGAAUGCAUCAAGUGGCAUGAAGACAAGAAUAUUAUUGUUCAGUUGCACUCUGAGAUGUUCUGUGCUGGACACAAGAAAGGGAAGAUGGAUGCGUGUCUAGGGGACUCCGGGGGACCACUCAUCAUACAUUACAACGGAAGGUGGACCCUGAUUGGGAUUACAAGUGCAGGGUUCGGGUGUGCAGUGGAUAAACAACCAGGGAUAUAUCACAAGAUUGGAAAAACAGCAAACUGGAUUCUUGGACAGAUAUCACCCUGAACCUUUCGUCUCCGUCCUACAAAUCUGUCCUACUGCAAGAUUGGUGAACCAGGCCAAGUAUUAGAUGUCAGAAAUCUGUACUGGUCGGAUCAAUAUACACAAACAUCAAAUAAUUCCCGUGGUUUUACCAGAGAUCCAACCUUCCACCAGAUAACCUUAUACCAGAUACAAUAUUAAAUCUUGUAGAAGCAGGCCAGAAUGGAUCGUGUACAACCAAACUAUGCACAUGUGUCCAACCAGGCUACAUUUUUUGCAUGAAAUGCGCUGGGUCUACUACACAUUGGGUUCACUAGGCGGGCUGGUACAAGUAAACGUUUAUGAAGUACGAUUACAAUAGACCUGUAAAUCCUCCUACUGGUUAGGAUCAAGUAACGAUUGGACUCAUGUGUAUGUCAAGAUGUUAAAUAGAACACCAGACUCUGGUUCUUGUAACAGAAAAUGUUUCAGCAAACCAGAUCAGAUCAUACCAGAAAGUUCUCAUUUGUUCAAGCGUAAAAUGAUCCUAGGUUCCAAACCAAGGUCGGAAUUUAUCCAGAUUCUUUCAUUUAGAAGAAAUUAUUUUCAGUAUUUAUCUAGAAAAGAUAUUUGUAGUGUGAGUAAACUGCACUUAAUCAGUGAUUUAAGUCCCCUGGAUUUAAAUAGAAAGACCUUGUAAUGCCAAAAUUCACUUCUCGUAGAAGAAUCAGAAAAUAUUUUCUGUUUAGAACCUUUUAUACUCUCUCUUAGAUUAGUGAUUUAGUAAUUAUUUAAGGAACAAUAUGUACAAUUCUAAAAUAGAUUAGUGUCAAGUCAAAUAUGUAAAUAAAUAUUUGUUAAGCUU